GCGCCCCCCCGGACAGAGCCUGCCGGGCCACUCCCCCUCCUUUUCACUCGCAGAGCUCUAAACAUGGCGAGCAACAGAAUUUUCGGCGCUCUGGCCAGGGCGAAAAACACCGGAUUCCUCCUGUCCAGGGGCAAUGUGGCUCAGCGGUUUAUCAGUCCGGCCGUCAGCUCGGCGUCCUUGCACACAAGACUGGAAAUUAAAAACAACGUGGCAGUGAUCACGCUAGAUUCACCAAAUGUCAAGGUGAACUCGCUGAACGAUGAGGUGAUGUCGGAGGUGCAGGGCGUGCUGCAGAAAAUCGAGAACGACCCGAGCGUGCAGGCGGCCGUGCUGAUUUCCGGAAAGCCGGGAUGCUUCAUCGCCGGCGCCGACAUCAAGAUGCUGGAGAAGUGCAAGACCGUGGAGGAGGCGACCACCAUUUCACAGAAUGGACAGCGCAUCCUUGCCCAGGUCGAGAACAGCAAGAAGCCCGUCGUCGCCGCCAUCAUGGGCUCCUGCCUCGGCGGCGGACUCGAGGUGGCGUUGGCUUGUCACUACCGCAUUGCCGUGAAGGACAAGAAGACGGCUUUGGCUGUGCCGGAGGUGAUGCUGGGUCUGCUGCCCGGCGGCGGCGGCACCCAGCGCCUGCCCAGCCUCAUUUCCCUCCCAAAGGCCAUGGACAUGGCCCUGACCGGCAGGAACAUCAGGGCCGAUGCCGCCAAGAAGCUCGGCCUUGUCGAUAGAACUAUCGAGCCGCUCGGCGUCGGCAUCAAGGACGGAAACGAAAGGACGAUGGAGUACCUUGAGGAGGUUGCGGUGAACGCCGCCCGGCAGCUGGCCACCGGAGAGCUCAAGAUCAACCGCGAAAAGGGCUUGGUCGACAAGGCGCUCAAGUUUGCCUUGAACUACGAAUUCGUGAGGAACCAGAUCUUUGGAAAGGCCAAGCAGGCCAUCAUGAAGCAGACUGGUGGACUCUACCCCGCCCCACUCAAGAUUCUUGAGUGCAUCAGGACAGGCGUGGAGAAGGGUCCAGUAGCUGGCUACGAGGCGGAGAGCAGAGGCUUCGGCGAGUUGGCCGUGACGCCCGAGUGCAAGGGACUGAUCAGCCUGUUCUACGGACAGACCGAGUGCAAGAAAAACCGCUUCGGCGCCCACCAGCAUCCGAUCAAGACGGUGGCCGUGCUCGGCGCCGGCCUCAUGGGCGCCGGCAUUGCCCACGUCUCCGUCGACAAGGGCUACCACGUCAUCCUGAAGGACACCAGCCAGGCCGGUCUUGGCAGGGGACAGUCCCAGAUCCAGUCUGGAUUCGACAGGAUGGUCAAGAGGAGGAGGAUUUCCGCGUUCGAUCGUGACGUGAUUUUGAACAACCUGGAGCCUACCCUGAGCUACGAAGGCCUGAGGAAGGCGGACAUCGUGAUCGAGGCCGUGUUCGAGGACAUCAACCUGAAGCACAAGGUGAUCAAGGAGGUGGAGCAGUACAUUCCGGAGCAUUGCAUCUUCGCGUCCAACACGAGCGCCCUGCCCAUCUCGGACAUCGCCAAGGCCAGCAAGCGCCCUGACAAGGUGAUCGGCAUGCACUAUUUCUCGCCCGUGGACAAAAUGCAGCUGCUCGAGAUCAUCACAACGGACAAGACCUCCAAGGACACGACCGCCGCUGCCGUUGCCUGCGGCCUCAAGCAGGGAAAGGUCGUCAUCACCGUCAAGGACGGCCCUGGAUUCUACACCACCAGAAUCUUGUCCGCCAUGUUGGCUGAGGCCAUCAGACUGCUUCAGGAGGGAGUCGACCCGAAAACGCUUGACAAUUUGACCAAGAAGUACGGUUUCCCGGUCGGUGGCGCCACCCUGAGCGAUGAAGUCGGCCUCGACGUCGCUGCCCACAUCGCCGAUUACCUUGGCAAGACCUUCGGCGAACGUUUCGCCGGAGGAGACCCCAACAUGCUCAAGGACAUGGUUUCCAACGGAUUCCUCGGUCGCAAGAGCGGCAAGGGAUGCUUCAUCUACGAGAAGAACUCGAAGAGCAGGGAGAUCAACACCGACGCCGUGGCUAUCAUGCAAAAGUACAAACAGGAGCCACGCGGCUCAACCGCCCCCGAAGACCAGCAGCUGAGGAUGGUCAGCCGAUUCGUCAACGAAGCCGUCAUGUGCCUGCAGGAGGGCAUUCUCGCCAGUCCCCUUGAAGGAGACAUCGGUGCCGUGUUCGGUCUGGGCUUCCCGCCCUUCACCGGCGGCCCAUUCCGGUUCGUGGACCGCUUCGGCGCCGACAAGCUGGUGGCCAAGAUGGAAGAGUACAAGCAGCACUACGGCGUCGCCUUCGACGCCUGCCAGCUGCUCAAGGACCACGCCAAGGAUUCCAGCAAGAAGUUCUACAAAUAAUUAUGCGAUUAUUUUAACCAACUCGAUUUUUCAAGAACGUAAGGCUGCCUUUGUAAAGUUAAUAGCGCUAUUUUUGUACCCCUUGGCGCAGUCCGUACCAUUCAUUAUUUCGCAUACGACAAAGUCUGAUCAAUAUUUCCGUGUUGAUUGAAGGUUAAACUGCUCUGUUACUUUUUGUUGUCACUUCGGAUGGAAAAGAAUGAUGUGUGUAAAUGCGCGGACGUCGAACCUGUACUACUUCUUUUCAAAUCUAUUGAUCACAGAAAGGACUACUCCCACUAAACUUGUUCUUUAUUAGACAUGUACAUUUUAAAAAAAGAGAAGCUUUCUGAAAUCAGUUUGUUGUUGAUAAUAAAAAAUACAAAAUUAG